AUGCUCACAGCCAGAAAUAAGGGCAUUGUUGAUCUGAUUCCUUUUGUUAAUGUCCAUAGGCUACAACCCUUGUCUCCAGAUAAGGCGUUUGAACUUUUUUGUAGAAAGGCUUUUGGUCCUCAAGAAUGUUGUCCCCUCGAGUUGGAGAAAUUGUCUUGUGACAUCCUUCGGAAAUGUGGAGGUCUACCACUAGCAAUUGUUGCCGUAGGCGGUCUUCUCUCAAACAAGAACAAGGUUGCUUUUGAAUGGAAACAGGUACUUGAUGACUUGGGGUCACAAUUUAGAAGCGAUUCUCAUCUAAAAGAUUGCAACAAAGUUUUAUUAGAAGGUUAUCAUGGUCUACCUCACCAUCUCAGAUCUUGUCUCUUGUAUUUUGGUUUUCUUCCAGAAAGCUACUCAAUCAAUUGUGCAAGAUUGAUUCGCCUAUGGAUUGCUGAAGGCUUUGUCCCUCAUUCCAAACGUCUCACAUCUGAACAAGUUGCUGAAGAAUUCUUGAUUGAUCUCAUUAAUAGAAGCUUGGUUCAAGUGGUAGAGAUGGAUUUCUUGGGAAGACCUAGAUACUGUCGAGUCCAUGAUCUGAUGUAUGAGAUUAUCCUUAGAAAGACCGAAUAUUUGGGCUUCUCUCAUUUUGUGAAUAGAGAACACUUAAAUCUCUCUAGCAAAAUCAGGCGCAUUUCAAUACAAGGAAGCGCUGAUAGUGUUCUUGAGAGCAUCAAGGACUCAAAGAUACGUUCUGUUUCUCUUUUCAAUAUUGAUAGGAUGCCUAACUCUUUCAUGACGACACUUGUGGAUUUCAAACUUAUAAAAGUACUUGAUUUUGAAGAUAGUCCUAUAGAGUAUCUUCCUGAAGGAGUGGGAAACCUCUUCCAUCUGCAAUACUUAAGCGUGAAAAAUACAAAAGUAAAUGUACUUCCCAAGUCCAUUGGUAAGCUUCUCAACUUGGAGACAUUGAAUUUGAAGCAAUCUCACGUGAGUAUGCUCCCAAUUGAAAUCAAGAAUCUGAAAAAAUUGCGCUAUCUAGCGGCAUACAGUUUGGGCGAGCAUGGUACUUAUGGAAGAGCAGUGAAAAUACCCAAGGGAUUAGGGUCUUUAAUUGAUCUUCUGAAACUAUUUUUUGUGGAAGCUAACACAUAUGAGAAAGUUAGGAGUUUGGCUGAAAAAUGGAAAUGGAAAUGA